UCGUCGAAGUCUGCCAUGAACAGUUGAGGUUUAUUCUUAGGAAAUGCUGCGGUUUUCCCUUAUCAAAAAACAUCGUCUUGUGUCUCUUUUCUGACGUAUAUUUUACAAUAUUAUUACUUAGAGAAUUUGCAUUUAAUUCUCAGUUAGUUUUGUAUAAGGAGUAAACAAUGAAGAUUUUUGUAGCAGUUAUCUGUUUUUAUGGUGUUCUAGGUUUAAUCCUAGCCGACGAAGGAUGCGAAGAGCGAAUUGGUAGUAUUUGUUAUAAAGAUAGUACCUAUCCAACACACGAGAUUCACACAGUUUAUGAGAGUCUGGGUACAAAGUUGAUUUCGGCAUUUGGUCGUCCUCUACCUCAAACUCGAGUAAUUGAAGAACCAGAACCUUUCCAGUCUUGCAGACUGUGUGAAACGGAACAAAAUAUAAAGAUCGUACCUCUCAGUAUAAUAGGUGACAAUAACGAACGAAUGUAUGUUAUGUCUACAAAAAAUUAUCCAAGGCCAGUACUUGAAAUAAGCACGUGCAGCAAAGAGGCCAAAUGUCGUCUCGAGGAACUUCAGAAUGAUUUUGAAACGAUUUGCGAGCAGAAGAUAACGCACAUUAACUUGCUGGUAUACAAUUCAACAUCAAAAGAAUUUCAAGGACAAAGAGUACCUUAUCCUAGCUCCUGCGAGUGUGAAGUGCGGGGACAGGGGCUCUGAAGAGGAACCACAUAGAUAACUAAGUUUUUUGAGAGUUAGUUGUAUAAGUUUGUGUAAUAUAUGUUUACCUUUUUUAAA